UUGAGCCUCCUGGAGGUGGUGGGCGCCUGCGGGCCGCCCUUCGUCGGGCCCCACGUGUGGGCUGAACGAUGCACAGGCAGCGGAGCUCUCCUGGCUUAGGCCGCGUUGUUUAUCUCGCGCUGAUCUACAUCCAGGCUGGUGUAGGGCAAACUGUGGACCUUAUUUUCAUUGAAUAACCUGUAUCCUGCUGAUCAAGAAACCAGAUUGUUCUUGUUUGUUUAUUUGUUUUCCUUCCUUAUUGGAAGAGCACAGUAGUGGCUCCAAGCUCACUUCAAUGUCAGUUUGCUGCUAAUGGGUGUAAGUAAAUUAGAUGUCUUGUACAGAAAGCUUCUCCUCACUAAACUCUUCAUCAGAGGAUGGGGAAAGCCAGAGGAUCUGAAGAGAAUAUUUGAAUUCAGAAAGAUUAUUGGAAACAGGGAAAAAUGCCAGACAUUGGUUUCAAAAGAUUACCCUGUUUUUAUUGACAAGGUUGAGGAACAGUCAGACUGUAAAAUCCUUGAGGGGCACUUCAUUUCCCCGUUAGCUCAUUACGUUCCGGGUAUCCUGCCUGUUGAGUCUCUUGUAGCCAGAUUUCAGUUCAUAACACCCAGAAGAUGGAAUGGCAAGCACAGACCUGUAUGCAUUCACUUAGCGGGCACUGGGGAUCACCAUUUCUGGAGGAGGCGCACCUUAAUGGCUCGUCCGAAUAAAGAAGCCUGUAUGGCUUCCCUGUUGCUUGAAAAUCCCUAUUAUGGCUGCAGAAAACCUAAGGAUCAAAUACGGUCAUGUUUAAAAAAUGUCUCGGACCUGUUUGUGAUGGGAGGAGCUCUUGUUCUAGAAUCGGCAGCUCUUUUGCACUGGCUAGAGAGAGAAGGCUAUGGACCGCUAGGGAUGACUGGAAUAUCCAUGGGAGGACAUAUGGCUUCCCUGGCAGUGACAAAUUGGCCUAAACCAUUGCCAUUGAUUCCGUGUCUUUCGUGGUCAACAGCUUCUGCAGUCUUUACUACGGGUGUGCUGAGUAAGGCAGUGAACUGGAGAGAGCUUGAGAAACAAUAUUAUACACAAACUGUUUACGAAGAAGAAAUCAUUCAAAUGCUUGAAUACUGUGGAACAGAUUCUUUCAAGAUGGGACAAGAUUUUGUUAAAAACUUUCCUGACAAUGUGGAUAGUCUGGAGGACAUAGAUGUGGCUUCCAGAAUGUUCAGCUUUGAUUCAUCAAACAAGACUGAGUCUAAAGACGCUGUCCACAGCUUUACCACAAGUAGAAGUCCUCUAAGUGCCUCAUCAGAAAGACUCCUAAUGCAGGAUGCUCCUAAAAUUCAGUGCAUAAAUCAAACGUUUUCAACCAGUAGCAAUAAAAACUUAACCAUACAGCAGGGACACAGGAUAAAUAGAACAAAGAGUGACACUUUACAGAGAGAAUCAUUAAGGUUCAUGAAAGGAGUAAUGGAUGAAUGUACUCAUGUAGCUAACUUCUCAGUUCCAGUUGACCCCAGUUUAAUCAUAGUUGUGCAAGCUAAGGAGGAUGCGUAUAUUCCUCGAACUGGAGUGCGCAGUCUUCAAGAAAUCUGGCCCGGGUGUGAAAUAAGGUAUCUGAAUGGAGGUCAUGUCAGUGCCUACCUCUUCAAACAAGGACUCUUUAGGCAAGCCAUUUAUGAUGCUUUUGACCGCUUUCUUCAGAAAUAUGCUGUUUAACAAUCUUCGUCAUGGAUUCAAACUGAUCUCAUUUCAUUUCCCAUUAUUGGAACUCAUCUUUGGAAGACAAGCCUCUUGCAGUGUUGAAUAGUUGAUGGUCAGUUACUUUGAAUGUUGUAGGUAACAAAUACAAAAAAUGAUCAAGUCCCAAUAUUACUCGUCUUUCAACCAAGUGCCAUUCUGACAUGCUUCAGCUUUACCUGUGAAGAGCAAUGGUAGCAUUUGUUAGUGCAAGAAUGGUUCAUAUACUUCUUACUUUAUUGCAUUGUGUAUCAAUUCUGUGUAAAUUCUUAGUUGUGUAUCUGUUGAAAACAGACCAAUUUAAAUAUUGAUGGAAUAUAAAAUUUGCUGUGGGGCUAAGAUGCUGUCUUACGUUUAGUGUAUUUUCAGUUUGUUCCAGCUACCAUGUUUUCCUUUUGCUUCCUUGUCACUUGCUAUUCCUACUGCAUUUUAAUAUGGCUUGGCCAGCACUCUGCCUCUUAUUUGUCACUGAUUUUUUUCUUAUUAUGAAUUGAAAAUGAACUACAAUGGAUGAGGCAGAAUUAAAUCUUGCAAAAAGCUUUUAAAAACUGAAUGAACGGUGAGAGAGACAUUUGAAUUCAAUGCAUCCAUUAGAUUUUUCUGCUGUUAAAUUAAAUGGUGCCAUUCCAGAAGACUCAUGUAGCUAUUCAUUGUUUUUACAGAACUGGAAUAACUGUAAAUGGAGUGUCCGGUAAUUCAUUUUUUACAUACAUUCAAUUGGAUAAUGAAGUUUUUCUAGUAGAUUUUAUUUUUAAAUUGAUAAAGGGAAUAAUAGUGUAAUAACUUCUAUUGAUAAACAGUGGCAGAAAGAGUCUGAUUCUAAGCAGAUAAAUCAACAGCAGAUUAUAUGGUGCUAUAAACAUCUCCUUGAAAGCAGGGGUCCUUUUUAAAAUGCAUUCAGUGCUGAUAUGCAAAAACACGUUAUAAUAUUGUAGAUUGUUAAGAACAUAUGUGAGACUAAGGGUUAUCAAAACAGUCACAUUAACUUCUUGUUUUUCAAAAGUUUUUUUAACUGACCUUAAAAAAAGAAAAAGGUAGGAUUAGGAACACAUUUAAGUAAAUCCCAUUUGCUGCUGCGUCUUUUGGGAUCAAAAAUGCCAACAAAUAAAAGUAAAAUUAAAGGUCAUCAUGAAUCAGCUAUGUGUGGUAGCUGUCCGUGUCUUAUAUAGUGGUAACGUCCUGCAUCGUUCUUUUAAAGCAAGUUUGCAGGGAAGUUGAAAGGCAAAACACUUCAAUAUUAGUUUUAGUACUGUAAUGGCUGAUGUUACACAGAAACAAACAGAAAAAUCUAGGUGUUUCUUGAUAUACGUGACUUACGUAUCUUUCAAAUCAUAUACUUUAUUGAUUUCCAUGGUUACCAUAAUGGUUUUUAAUAGUGCAUGAAGCAAUCAAAGCUCUAUUUGUUCCAGUGUCUGGCAGAUAGAACUGGUAACUGCUAGUAUUGCUGGUCAGAUAAAUUGAGAUAAAACUGAAUGCAACAAUUUGUGAAAACCAAAGGCAGUUAACAUCAAAAUGUACUGAAAAUUUGAAAAAAUGAUAUUCUGUUGGAAGUUAAAUUGUUUCAAGUGUUUUAUCGUCAUUUCUGCUAGGCAUUGUUGGUUUUUUAUCUGUAUUGGAAGCGAGUGUCAAGUGACUAGCAUGUUUCAAAAUCUUAAAAUACUGAAUUUUGGAAGAUUGGGAAUGAAAUAUGUAAGCUCUGAAUUUUAAAAUUAAAUACUUGAAUACUAAACUGAAAGUUUUACGGGUUUUACCUUGAUAAUUAACUCACCUGUCAACUAAGGGUGUUUGACAAGAAGGCUGUCGGAUGUUCACCAAAUCUUUUGCAUCUCCAUGGAUGGCUACAUUUAAAUGUAUUUAUGUGCUUUGUCCUAUUUCUGUUGCAGCUGUGAAAGAAAGGGAGAUAACUGGUGGCAAGGGACAGGGCAUGAAUAAAUGGAAGAGAAAAAAGAUUAUUUUAUAAGGCCAGGACUAAGCAUAAAAAAAUCAACUUCUCUGCACUACAAAUGUAACAUGCCAACAUAAAUAUUUCUAAAGCGCACGAUACUAGGAAUUACACAACUGAUGGGAACUUGACAUCCUGAGGUUAGUGUUCUGAUGACGUUAUUAAUGAGUUGAACUUUCCAAAAGGGCAUACUAUGCAAUGAAGCAGAUAUGUAUGAAUGUAACUCCUGUUUCUGAGAAAGACUUUUGAAAGUAGUCAAGGAUCAGUCUCCAACAAUUGAGAAUCACACUUUGCUCUGUAACUAAAGCAGUGUUGUCAAAAAAGAGAGUACAUUAAGAAACAUGUAAAAAAAAUUCUCAGGUUAAAAAAAAAAAAGGAUGAAAUUAUGUAUGUGGUUCAUGUCUGCCAGUUAUCAAACACAGGAGGCCAUCAGCUCGUCUGUGUAGGUGUAAGUGUACUGUGUAGGUGGAAAAAUUGCUGCAUCAGUGUUUUAAUUUUAGGAAAAUUGGCUUUUAAAAGUAAAUUCUGUUAGUCCUAAGAAAGUAUUAUUAGCAAACCAUUUUUGAUGUUAAGUGAGAAUGUGAUAUUAAAUCCAGAAAUUGCUUGAGAAAAAUAUUGGAAUAAGGUUCCUGCAAUAAAUCCCAUUAGCAGGUAAGCCAUUCUGCAUAUCUUAAACUCCCUGUAAAACUGACCUUGAUCAUUUUUCAAUUUUAUGUUUUUCAAUAAAAAUCCUACAGAACGGC